AUGGUAAAAAGUACUGGCGAUGUGAAGAUUGAUCAUGAAUGUGGAGCAUAUGUUCACACCACAUCCGAUGAUAUCUAUAUAACACACAACAAAGCACAACACAGCCAUUUUUCUGAUCCAGAUGAAAUCCUAAUUAGUCAACUUAUUGCAAAAAUUCGACAUCGAAUUUUGAACGAACAUUUAUCUGCUGGUUUUAUCUAUGAUUAUGAAGUUGCACGUGCAAAACUCACGCAAAGUCAAUUGGCUAAGAUGCCAUCAUUCAGAUCUAUAAAGUCUGCAUUAUAUUCGGCACGUUCGAAUACUGUUCCAACAAUACCGAAAACUUAUGAAUUUGAUAUUCUAAAACUGUACCGAAUGAAUGCAAACGAAGAGAAAUUUUUACUAGCUGAUCGUAACAGCUCACAAUUUGAUCGAAUUCUGAUAUUUUCUUCCAAUCGACAGCUCGAAAUUUUUUUUAACUCUGAAGUUAUAUUUUGUGAUGGUACAUUUGCUUCUUCACCACCACAAUUUCAACAAAUUUAUACUAUGCACGCCGUUUACGAAGAUGAAAAUGGCUUAGUGAAAUAUAUUAAGAAAAAUAUGUCAACGUACGCCACUGCUGUAUAUCCAUCUGUAAUGAAAUCGAUCGACAUUAAAUUAAAGCAAUUUAUGGAAAGCAUCAUAUUAAAAGAAGGUGAAAAGAUUCAGUUUUGCAAGAUUCAUGAUACUCAAGGUAUUCCAUUAAACUACGGCAAAGUUUAUUAUGCUGAACGACGAAAUAAUCGUAUUCACCUGAUGGCAACUAUCAAGAAAGGCCAAAAAGCAGUGGCUGGUGUAUUAACUGUUGAAGUGUUGUCAGUAGAGGAAGAAAUCCUAAAAAUAAUGGAACCUUGUCUUGAACAGUUAAAGACUGAAGGAUUUUGUAUUCCCUAUUUUCCACUUUGGAAUAGAUUAAGAAAUUUAUAUGACAUUCCACGAAAACGUGUGAGCCCUGUAGUCCAGUUGAUCAAAGAAAAGACUUUUGUGUCGAAAAAUCAUCUGAUUGAAGAAGAUUAUGAUAUUUCGAUAUCAAUGGAUGAAGAAGAUAAUGUAGCUCAAGCUGAUGAACGAAAUCAAGAAAACCACGAAAAGGAUAGUGUCUUUUCUGAUCAUGAGUCUUAUGAUCAGCGAUCCAUCAUCCAAGUUUCUACCGAUACUCAUCAUUUAGAUAACUUGGUUCAAACAGAAAACGAUAAUAUAACUAAAAAGCAAAACCGACUUAUUGCUCAACUUGCAAUGUGGAAUCAGUUCACAACUAUUUCUACUGAAACAAGAUGUAAACGUUCUUAUGAAAAAUCAUCUACAAUUGGGCAUAAAUGUGCAAAAAAGGCUAAAGAUUGA